AUGCUCAAGGAAAAUAACUGCGUUCUAGUGGUUGGCCACUCAGGAAACGGAAAAUCAGCUAUAAUACGACACAUUGCUCUGAAACAUUUUAACGAAGACGGGUAUGAUAUUAUUCCAACUGGUGUGGCUCCAACUACCAUUUUGAAGUACCAUAACCCCGAAAGAAAUCAAAUUUUUGUUAUUGAUGAUUUUUGUGGCAAGGAGGUCUUAAAUCCUCAACAUGUAGAAAUUUGGUCAUUGCACAUGGAUAAUAUAUUAAAAUUAAUUAUUAAUAACCAGGAACAUAAAGAACAAACUGGAAAAGGAAAUAUAAAACUUUUAUUUGCGACCGCUUCAGACAUUUUUAAAGACUCACUUUUUAUUCGUAUGGGCUGUCUUUCAAAGUUCAAAUUUUCUCUUUCUGAGCAGCCAUUACAAGAUCAAGAAAAACUUUGCAUGAUUGAAAAAUAUGUAACCCAGGAAAAAAUAACUGACAUAAUCACCAGUUCGUUAAAAAGCCACAAGGACAUUUAUCCACUUUUAUGUAAAUUGUCGGUAGGAAAAUCGCAAGAACAGAUUGUACAAUUAUUCACAAAUCCCAAUGAAGUUAUCAGACAAGAUUUUUUGGAGCUUAAAAAUACAAACAAAACUCAAAUUUGUUUGAUUGCUAUAUGUAUAUUAUUGGAAAGUUUAAAGGAUGAUAUGUUUCGUGAGGAGAAUAUACCAGUGGAAGAUAUAGAAGUUAUAGAAGCUGUUUGUUCGGAGUUCGAUCUCGACCUUUGCAAAGAAUCUACAAGAACAGAACUAAAUGAAGAACUUAAAUAUCUCGGAAAAACAUACUUUGUUAAAGUUUGUGAAUCCUAUCAACUUAUGCAUCAAAUAAUUUUCGACAUUGCUGCAGUAUUUUGUGGAAAAAUGAUGAUUAGUAACAUUUUCAUUCGAUUUGCACAUAGUUCUUACAUUGCCGAGCGGUAUUCGUUUAUGUCAUGUGAUGAGGAGAAAAUAGACAAUCUUAUAUUUAUUCAUAAUGAGGAAGCACAAAAAAUAUAUUUUGAUAGAUUGUUGAGCGAUUUAAAAAAAGGGAUCACUUAUAGUACAUUCCAUAACAGACAACUCAUACAUAAAUUAUACAGAGACAAAUUUUGUAAAUACUGCAGAGAAAGAAAAGAUGAAGUAGUUGAAAUAUUGAAUAAUUUAAAAAAGAACAUAAAAUAUUCGCGUGAGGAUACAAAUGAAAAAACAACAGCGAUAAGCGAAGAAAAUGUUAAUGAAUAUGGAGAUUACAUGAUGUUUUCCAAGUCAUACCAUUUCUCGUCACACAAAAUGAGGAUACCAUUAAUUGAAUCAGUAUGGGAAGGAAAUGAAGAUAUUGUGGAUUUGUUAGUUGAAUUGAAACGUAAUGUCAAUGAAACUGACAAAUUCGGAAGAUCGGCAUUAUUUGUAGCAUGUCAACGUGGUGAGGAAAAUAUAGCAAUCUACCUUUUAAAAAAGGGUGCUAAGCAUGAAUUAGCUGAACAUAAUGAAAUAUCACCUCUAAUUGCUGCUUGUAAAGGUGGCUACAUAAGAACAAUGAAUGCUUUAUUAAACAAAGGAGCUGAUAUUUUCAAAUCUGAUAAAAACGGUUGCUGCUCGUUACAUGCAGCUAGCAAAGGCGGUCACAUAAAGAUUGUGAAACAAUUAUUGAAUGCCGAGAUCAUUGUAGAUAUUAAUCAAGAUGACAUUUUUGGUCGCUCUGCUCUUUUUGUUGCUUCCUAUCAUGGAAAAAAACGGGUUGUUAAGUUUUUGAUAGAAAAAAAAGCUAGAAUUGAUCAAUGCGACAAACAGGGUAUAUCUCCUCUUUUGGCAGCUUGUACACAGGGAAGGUAUGAUGUUGUUGAAAUCCUGAUAAGCAGUGAUGCAGAUAUUUUCAAAACCGAUACCGAUAGAAGAUCUGCAUUACAUUUUGCUUGUAAAGAUGGUCAACUUACGAUAGUUGAAAAACUUCUUCAGAUAGGCGCAGAUGUAAAAGAAACUGAUCGGCAACAACGUUCGCCAUUAUUUAUCGCCUCCUCUUUUGGCCAUGAACAAAUAGUCAGGCAUUUGGUAGGCAAACACUUUGGCCUUUCCAUUAUCAAACAAUCGGACGAAGAAGGCAAGUCACCGCUGUUUAUUGCAUGUGAAAAAGGUCACGAGUCGAUAGUUGAUAUUUUACUGGACACCACUUCUUCUGAAAUUAUAGAGCAAACUGACAAAAGACAACGCACACCUCUGUACGUAGCAUGUAGCGGGGGCUUUUUAGAAAUUGUAAAAUUAUUGGUUCAUAAAGGUGCACAGAUUGAUAACGUCAAUAUAUGCCAAGCAACGCCUUUAUCCACAGCAUGCAAAGAAGGCCAUAUUGAAGUGGUUCAAUAUUUAAUACAAAAACAUGCUAAUUUGAAUCUUGCAGAUUCUAACGGACAAACCCCGCUUUCGGUAGCCUGCGAUGAAGGAAAUGCUGCAGUCGUGAGGAUUUUAGUCGACCAUGGAUCUAAUAUUCACCAUAAGGAUAACGAUAACAGAACUCCUUUGCAAAUUGCUCAAAUGAGAGAACACACUGACAUUGAAAACAUCCUGAAACAAUAA